AUGAAGGUCUCCGGGGCUGUCCUCGCCGUCCUCCUGUGCGCCAUGGCUCUCAGCACCCAGGUCUUCUCCACACCACUUGGUGCUGACACCCCGACCGCCUGCUGCUUCUCCUACACCUCCCGCCAGAUUCCCUACAAAUUCAUAGCUGACUAUUUUGAGACCAGCAGCCAGUGCUCCAAACCAGGUGUCAUUUUCCUAACCAAGAGAGGCCGGCAGGUGUGCGCUGACCUCAGUAAGGCCUGGGUCCAGGGUUACAUCAAUGACCUGGAACUGAAUCCCUGAGAGGCCGGAAGCUGCAAGGAACCCGGUGACCCUGGAUGGCCCCAGAAACACCCCCACAACCUCCACAGCUACCUCUCUUAUGGGCUUGCGGCUGCCGGACAGUCAUACUCUGGGACCCUCUUAAUUUAUAUAUGAAUUUAUUUAUACUAUUUAAUUUUUGUAAUUUAUUUUUGUCAUGCUGUUUGUGACUGCUUAGCUCCGUGUGAUCCCAGGGCCC